AUGGAAUCCCCCGACACCCGAGGUCUCGCGGUGCCUCCCAAUCUAGACACCGAAACGCCGGCUUGCUUGUCAUGCCGAAGUCGUAAGCUGCGGUGUUCUAGAGAUAUCCCCUCAUGCACUCGUUGCCAGCGUCUCGGUGUGGCCUGUCACUAUGACUACACGAAGAAUAAACCGGGGGUUAAGAUUGGCAUCAUCCAAACCUUGACUCAACGAGUGGAGUCACUAGAAGUUCAAUUGAAAGCACUGACCGCGCAGCACCAAGCUGUUAGUGGAAUCCCAAGCCCAGCAAGCACCGUUCAAGAUGUCACUGCUCUCCGAAGUUUGAUCUCAUCCAUGAUGGAGGAAUGGAGGGAGAACAACAGCCUCUCGGCCGGGUCACAACGCUCGGCUACGGACCAGGCUCUUGGUUCUGCUGAGUCUGCUCUCAGUCAAGAAGCGCCGGAUACAACCAUGGUAGCCCCACGGAAAAGACCAUGUCUAGAAAAUAGAGACUCCGGGGACAAAUCCUCUCGAGCGGAAUUGCCCCCGGACGAUCUUAUGAACAGUAUCUUAGAUGCGUACUUCUCCGUGGUUCACCCAUUUAUCCCUAUCCUCCAUGAGCCACUCUUUCGAUCUCGCCUGCGGGAUCCGGCUGAGAGACCGAAGCUCAUCCCUCUACUUCAUGCUAUGAUGUGGCUACAAUCCCAUCCAGAUGCACUGCAGAGGUCUCGAGACAUUGUAGUUCUGUCAGGAAUCGAUAGUCUUUCGGUAGAAAGUGCUCAGUCGCUCGUUAUCAUUGUCUUCGUUCAUAUCUGUGAUGGAAACGCCGGCAAGGCGUGGCCAAUAGUGGGCACAUUGUGUAGAGCCGUGGUAUACAUGGGCCUCCACAAUGAACCGGACGAAGACUACCAUAGGGGCCCGUGUGUACAGCCCUUCAAUUAUUUGCCGUCCGCCAGAGUAUGGACGGAAAUGGAAGAGCGACGACGGGUAUUCUGGAAUGUCUUUUUGCUCGAUCGCUGGAAAAUGUUUCUUCCUCGGCGAUGGAAAGACUCGAAUAUUUCGAAGGAGCCUGCUUUCGUGCAUAUGGACCCGAAUCUGACUCUAGCCCACAUCACGCAUAAUACGUCCAUGAUCCUUUUACACCAGUGUAUUGCCUAUCCGCAGGCUGAUCUUGUAGAUAAGCUGAAGCAAGCAAGCAUCGCCAGCGCCGAAACGUGCCAGCUCGCCGCAUCGGAGACGGCCAACAUUGUACAGAAAUACUUGCAGUAUACACCAUUUGUAGGCAUUGUCAAUGCGCAGUUCAUAUUUUGCGCUUUUGUCAGCGCCCGGGUUAUGCUUGUACAUUCACAAAUCCAUCGAACGGAGCCUCCCGAUGGAUACAGCAUUCUUCUGUGGAGCCUCCAGCAAAUGUCCGCACGAUGGGUUUCCUCGAACCCAAGCUUAAAAUUGGAAUCGGGAACCGAUAACUUUGCCGAGGCCCUUCUUGCUCAGCUUCAAAGUCUGCAGGAUCUAUGCAAGCACACCCAGCCCUUUGAAUUGAACGCACUAGGCUACGCCAGAGAGGUAUGCUUUGCCCUUGGGCUUCGCAGCCCACCGGCUACCUUGGGUGAGAGCCAAUGGCUCAGGGAACGGCGUGCCCAACAGCGACACAGUAUAAUACCAGUAAAUGGCACCCGGUCUCAUUAUAUGAAUAGCAGUCCUUCGGCACAGACAUCGAAUCAGAACAACGUCGGCAAUCACACAUUUGGGUCGCAACAGGGCGCAUCAUCACCUAUUAGAAGUGCAAGGCAUUGGAAUGGGAACCCGGCGUUGGACCAGUCAGGCGUGGCUCCACUGCGUACUGCGCAUGUAUAUCGCACUGAAGCCGGGCCUCAUACAGCAUUGGAUGAUCUGUUUCCACCCGCUCAUGUAACUUCACCCCUCGGGGAUGGCUCAGAGAGCUUUGCGGCGUUGUCCAACUUCCUCUUGGACCCGCAGUAUUUGGAUAUGGAUAGGAUUAUAAGCUUCCAGGACUCAUUUACUCUGUAG